UAAAAGCCCGAUAUUACAUACACUUGUCUGUGAGUUAUCUAUGGUGGUAACGUAAUAUAGUUAAUGCACGUGUUAUUGGUGUCCGUGUUUUGUUGUACUGUGUUGGAUGCCGUGAAGAUCGGAAAAGUUUUGCUUGAAAUUUAAUAUCCUGUUUUUCAUAGUGAUCAUUGUUUAUUUCCACGCUUCAUCAAGAUGACAGCCUUUGAAGAAAUGGGAGUUUUGCCAGAAAUAGGCAAAGCAGUUGAGGAAAUGGAUUGGAUGCUUCCAACAGAUGUCCAGGCAGAAGCCAUCCCUCUCAUUUUGGGUGGUGGAGAUGUCUUGAUGGCAGCAGAGACUGGUAGUGGAAAAACUGGAGCUUUCUGCCUUCCAAUUAUUCAAAUUGUGUGGGAAACAUUAAAGGACUUAGAAGCUGGGAAAGGAAGUAAAAUCAUUGUACAGAUCUCUCCACAUUGGACUUUAAGCUUCUUUGAUCGAGGUACAGCAUUAGCUGUUACACCAGAUGGAUUGCGCUGUCAGUCACGGGAACAAAAGGAGUGGCAUGGCUGUCGUGCCACAAAAGGGGUUCAAGGAAAGGGGAAGUAUUAUUAUGAGGCCAUUGUUACAGAUGAAGGACUUUGCCGAGUUGGUUGGUCAACACAACAGGCAAGUCUUGACCUUGGGACAGACCGGUUUGGAUUUGGCUUUGGAGGAACAGGCAAGAAAUCAAACAAUAAACAGUUUGAUAACUAUGGAGAAGCAUUUGGUAUGCAUGAUGUGAUUGGCUGUUACUUGGACUUGGGUUCUGGAGAGAUUAAAUUUUCCAAGAAUGGUGUUGAUUUGGGGGAAGCAUUCACCAUACCACAACAGCUUAAGUCGUCUGCUUUCUUUCCAGCUGUUGUUCUUAAGAAUGCUGAAAUGUCAUUCAAUUUUGGUGCCCAACCUUUUAAAUAUGUUCCUGAGUCUGGUUGUAUUGCGUUGUGUGAGACAUCAAAGGAAAACUUGAAGCAGAAUGAUGUAGGAAGUGGAGGUGCUACAUCACAGAGCAAAUCUGUCAAAAAUGCUCCACAGGCUAUCAUAAUUGAGCCUUCUCGUGAGCUUGCUGAACAAACUUACAACCAGAUUGUAAAAUUCAAGAAACAUCUAGAGAAUCCUUCAGUAAGGGAGUUAUUAGUCAUUGGUGGAGUAAAUGUCAAGGAUCAGAUAUCUGCACUUAAUGCUGGGGUGGACAUUGUUGUUGGUACUCCAGGAAGAAUGGAAGACUUGAUUUCUGCUGGACACCUCUCUCUCACUCAGUGUCGUUUCUUUGUACUUGAUGAAGCUGAUGGACUGCUGAAGCAGGGAUACACAGAUCUGAUUGAUCGACUGCACAGGCAAAUACCCAAGAUCACAUCUGAUGGGCGACGCCUUCAAAUGAUAGUUUGUUCAGCAACACUUCAUGCAUUCGAAGUUAAGAAGAUGGCUGAGCGGUUGAUGCAUUUUCCUACGUGGGUUGAUUUGAAGGGUGAAGAUGCUGUACCUGAAACAGUACAUCAUGUUGUGGUAAUGGUAGACCCUCAGAAGGAUACAAGCUGGCAAAGCCUACGAAAACAUGUUCAGACAGAUGGUGUUCAUGCCAAAGAUAAUGUUCGUCCUGGAAACAAUACUGCAGAGACUCUAUCAGAAGCAGUGAAGAUGCUCAAAGGUGAAUAUUGUGUUCGUGCUAUCAAUGAACAUAAGAUGGAUCGUGCAAUAAUUUUCUGUCGUACCAAAUUGGACUGUGACAACUUGGAGAAGUAUCUCAAUCAAAUAGGUGGAGGUUCUCAUAGUCGCAACAACCUAUACUCCUGCAUUUGUCUUCAUGGAGAUCGCAAGCCAGCUGAGCGUAAAGCAAACCUUGAAAGGUUUAAGAAGGAGGAAGCCAAAUUUCUAAUCUGCACAGAUGUGGCUGCUAGAGGACUGGAUAUUAGAGGUCUUCCUUUCAUGAUCAACAUCACUUUGCCUGAUGAGAAAUCAAAUUACGUGCAUCGAAUUGGUCGUGUUGGGCGAGCAGAAAGGAUGGGUCUGGCUAUUUCGCUAGUAUCCAGUGUGCCAGAAAAGGUCUGGUACCAUGGAGAGUGGUGUUCUUCUAGGGGUCGUAAUUGCUGGAACACCAGGCUCACAGAUGAAGGUGGAUGCUGUAUUUGGUUCAAUGAACCUAGAUUUCUGGCUGAAAUAGAGGACCAUCUUAAUGUUACAAUCCAGCAAGUAGAACCUGAUGUCAAAGUACCAGUAGACGAUUUUGAUGGGAAAGUGACUUACGGACAGAAGCGUGCACAGGCAGGUUCAGGCUAUGAAAACCAUGUGGCACAAAUGGCACCAGCUGUUCAGGAAUUGUCAGAACUGGAAAGCAAAGCUCAGUUAUUAUACCUAAAGCGCCACUUUGGUAAGCAGACACGUAAUAGAAACUGAAUAAUCAGCAGGUUUGUUGAAUUGCUUAUGUUUUGGAAUGGAAUUUCAAAAGUUGAAUUUUCUUCACAUUGAACUUAUUUGGUACUGCACUGUGAAAUUGUGAACUUCAGUCAUAUGAUGACAAAAUGGAGGUAGCUGCAAAUUAAACUUAGCGCACCUGUUGAACAGGACAGUCAUAUGUUUAUCGUUAAUUAAAUGUGGCAUUCAGAAUGAAACAUCUUAUUUAGUUAUUUAAUUUUAUUCCUCACCUAUUUUGGUGUAUGUGCAGAAUAAUUUGAAUUGAGAUUAAAGUAAGCUAAGUAAAAUAUCCAAGAGUACAUGGUUUAAAAAGCAGCACAUACACAUGUAUUUGUUCAGUGAAAUGAACUUGAUGUAAAAUAUUUGUAUUUUACAAUUACGAAAUAAAGUAGAAUUGAAAGUUGUGUAAUUAA